AUGUCCUCGUUUGUUCUGGUGGACAGCUCAGACGCUGACGCCCCAACUCAAACAUGGAAACUUACCGUCUUCAUCGUUACUGCUAUUUCAACAUUAGCAUUUUUCCAUAUCAAUGAGAAAACAAGAUCACUCAUCUUGUUUGCUUGGGCCUGUUUCAUCAAGCCAUUCACUCCAUCUAAUCGAAAAACCCACAGUAACCAUCAAAGUAAUCUCGAAUCUUUCUAUAAAACCCAAGCAAAGAUUUACGACUCUACAAGAAAAGUUCUUUUGAAAGGAAGAGAAGAUGCGUUGACUCUUGCUUUUUCCCAUUUGCCUAACAAGAAGGAAAAUGUUUGGAUUGACAUUGGUGGCGGUACUGGUUUGAAUAUCGAGAACAUGGACAAAUACGUGGCCCCUUUAAAACUGUCCUUUAAAGCUGUAUACCUCAUAGACUUGUCUCCAUCCCUUUGCGAAGUAGCAAAAAAACGUGUUGCUGAAAACGGCUGGGAUAAUGUCCAUGUUUAUUGUGCCGAUGCCUGCGAUUUUGAAAUUCCUCAUAAAGAGGCUGAUCUCAUAACCUUUUCUUACUCUUUGUCAAUGAUUCCUUCUUACUAUUCUGCAAUUGACCAUGCCGCAAAGUUGCUCAAGCGCGAAGGUGGUCAUAUUUGUGCCGUCGAUUUCGGAAUCCAAUCAGAUAUUAAUGCCGUUGGUAGAACAAAUACCCUUGGUGGUUUAGUCAAUCGUCAUGUUCCAUGGAUAUAUAGAACAUUCUGGAGAAUUUGGUUCGAGUGUGAUAAAGUUAUCCUUGACCCAUCAAGAAGAGAAUAUUUGGAAUACAGGUUUGGAACUGUCAAGUCUCUCAAUUGUUAUAACAAAACUUUGGGAAAAAUCCCUUACUAUAUUUGGCUUGGAGUCAACAAGCUGCAUGAUACCCAAUUGAUGCAUAGAUUCAACUCUUUGGCUAUCGAGUCACCAUAUUUGGCUCCAAUGGAUGUGAAAAAUAACAACGUUCCUAAUUCAAAAUGUUUAGAAGCUGCUUUGGAUAAUGCUAAAAAAGGCCUUCCUUUCCCUUCUUUAUUCUAUCAAAGAGAAGCUUGGAGAGUGUAUUAUGAUGAAUUGAGCGAUCGUUAUGAACCUUUCAAAAAUCAAUAUAUUUAUGCUUUCACCUGGGAAGAUCCAAGAGAAGAUGCCAAGAUUUUGAAACUCAGCUCUAAAGACACUGUGUUAUGUAUUACAAGUGCCGGUGAUAAUCUCUUGUCAUAUGCUGCUUUGCCCGACCCUCCAAGAAGAAUCCACGGUGUUGACUUGAAUCCUUGCCAAGGUCAUUUAGCAGAAUUAAAAUUGGCUUCCUUGAGAGCAUUGCCUUUGGAAACAACUUGGAAACUUUUUGGUGAAGGGAAAAUCGAGAAUUUCAAAGAACUUUUAAUUGAAAAACUUUCCCCACAUUUGUCUUCCAAUGCUUUUCAAUACUGGAUGAACCAAGGCCAUGUUGCUUUUGACAUUAAUGGAAAAGGUCUUUAUGAUACUGGUUCUACUCGUUGGGCUCUUAGAUUAGCCAAAUAUGUUUUCAAAGUCACUGGCUUGACUUCCAAGGUUGAAGAAUUGUGUAACGCCAAAACCAUGAAUGAGCAGCGUGAAAUUUGGGAAUCUUCCAUCAGACCAGUGCUUUUCAAUUUUGCUGUUGGGAAACUUUUCGUGGGUAACCCAGUCUUCCUCUGGAAAGCCUUGGGUGUUCCAGCCAAUCAAGCGGCAAUGAUGGAUACUUCUAUUUUACAAUAUUUCAUCGAUACACUUGAUCCAAUUAUUGGUCGCUCAAUGGUUGGUAGUGAUAACUAUUUCUAUUAUUUGACCCUUAAGUCUCACUAUCGCAAAAAUAACUGCCCUGACUAUAUUUCCAAGCAUGGUUUCAAGGUUUUGUCAAGAAAGGUGAACUCCCCAUUAGAUAACAUCAGACUUCACACUGAUACCUUGAAUGAUGUCCUUGUUAGAUUGACCAAGAAAACUAUUUCAGUGGCAGUUAUCAUGGAUCAUAUGGAUUGGUUUGAUCCAAGUGGUGAAGAUGCUGAUGAUGAAAUUGAUGCCCUCUUCGGUGCUUUGUGUGUUGAUGGAAGAGUCAUGUUGAGAUCUGCUGCUCAAGUUCCAUGGUACAUCAAAAAUUUUGAAAAAAGAGGGUUUGAAUGUCAAGCUGCCGCUACAAGAACUUCCGGUACCAGUAUUGAUAGGGUCAACAUGUAUGCUUCAACAUGGAUUUGCACUAAAAAGGUUGAAGGUGACCAUAUGAACUUUGAUUUGGAUGCCAAAUAA